UUCGUAUUUAUGUUCUUUUUGGUUUUUCAGGUGUGGGGGCUUGACCAUGUCCCACCACAGCGACGACAAUAUGCUGAUAGCCACCAGCGACUCCUUCUGGGAGCCAGGCAACUACAAGAAAACCACCAAACGAAUAGAAGACGGCUACAAGCUGUGCCAGGAACUGAUAACCCUAGUAUCAGAACGUGCUGAGAUAGAAAAGACGUACGCGAAGGCCAUGAAAGCGUGGUCGAAGAAGUGGAACGACUCCAUUGAAAAAGGGCCUGAAUACGGAACUACUGAGGCUGCGUGGAAAGGGGUUUUGGUGGAGGCUGAUCGAAGGUGCGAUUUGCAUUCUAGGAUCAGGGAUACGUUGACCAACGACGUGUUGAAUAAGAUCAAGCAGUGGCAGAAGGAUACCUACCAUAAGUCGAUGAUGCAUAUCAAGGAAAAGAAAGAUAUGGACGAUGCAUUUAAGAAAGCGCAAAAACCUUGGGCCAAACUCCUGCAGAAAGUAGAAAAAGCGAAAACCGACUACCACACCGCCUGCAAAACGGAAAAAUCUGCGGCCAAUCAAGAAAGGAAUGCAGCUGGAGAUAGUUCAUUUUCUGCCGAUCAGGUGAGGAAGAUGCAAGACAGGGUGCAAAAGUCGAAGGAAGAGGUGCAGAAGUGCCGAGAAAAAUACGAGGUUUCCCUGCAAGAAAUCAACCAGUACAAUCCCAAAUACAUGGAGGACAUGACAGUGGUGUUCGACAAGUGCCAAGAAAUGGAGGCUCAAAGGCUGAACUUUAUCAAAUCUACCUUAUUCGAAAUCCACAAAUACCUCAAUAUAUCACAGGACCCCACGUUAAACCAAAUAUACGACGAACUGUACCAUACGAUAAACAAUGCGGACUACGAAAAAGACCUUAAGUGGUGGUCAAAUAACCAUGGAGUCAAUAUGGCGAUGAAUUGGCCGCAGUUUGAGGAUUAUACCGAAGAGUUCCGCGACAUCCACAAGGGCAAAUCCAAAGAUUCAUCGCCGUCCGGCAUCACGCUCAUCCAUCAGAGGCCAGUCGGAGAAGACUUGCAUGAGUAUUCAGCAACUCAAAAGUCCGUCAAAAAACAGGCGGCAGCAAAACCAAACGCCGCCACGGUGCCUAGUAAAGAUGUAGUCAAACCAGUCACAGUAGAAAAAAGCGAAAGUCCAUCGAACAGGGUAUCAACUUUGACGAACGGAUCAACGAAUAACAAAACGAAUGAUUCCAAUCCCUUUGACGAAGAAGAUUGGGAAGAAAACGACGCCUUGGUUGACAAUGGUGAACCCGGCGUACCAGUCAAGGCACUCUAUGAUUACGAAGGUGCCGAGAAUGACGAACUGAGUUUCAAAACAGGUGAAAUAUUCGACAAACUGGAAGACGAGGACGAACAGGGUUGGUGCAAGGGUAGGAAAGACGGUCGGGUAGGUCUCUACCCCGCCAAUUAUGUUGAAGCGGUCCAACAAUAG